ACGGCUUGUGGGCCAUGAAUGUGCCGUUUUCUACUUAGGCCCUGCGCAUGGAUGAGCUUUACAAUGGAUUAACCACAUGAAGAUGUGUCUGUAGAAUACAACGAGCCACCUAGACUGUCUAUCCACUGCAUACCCACUCCUCCAGACCCCUCCGUGCUUGUGUGUCUGCCUUUUCGCUCCCAAAAUCAAAUUUGAGCAGGACGACAACGAGCGAAACUACGUACACCCGACUAGAGAGGCAUCGGGAGACAGGCCUCGCAGCUGGGCAGGCAAGAGAGGACAAGCAUAGGACUUAUGCUGGUGCUACGGAGACUCGCGGUCCACUCGCGGAAAACACCCCGUCUCCUGCGUCAAGAAUCUACACACGCAGUCAGUGCAACACUCGAUAGUGCACCGGCAACACCCCUUCCCAUCGAGGCCAUCACUGAGAAUGCCGCUUCCAGAACAUCAAAGACGGUGUUUGCUAUGAAGAAGUAUAAGCCGCAUUCACCGGGUCUUCGAUGGUUACAACGACCCGUGAAUGAUCACCUGCAUAAAGGCCGACCCUUCUUACCGCUGACAUCAGCGAAACGCAAGCAAGGCGGUCGGAAUUUCACUGGUCAAGUGACGGUGCGUCAUCAAGGCGGUGGACAUAAACGACGACUACGAGACGUGGAUUUUAAACGCACAGCACCUGGAUUACACCGUGUUGAACGCAUCGAGUAUGAUCCUGGUAGAUCGGGUCAUUUGGCACUCUUGACAGAUGCAAAGGGUACGAAAUCCUACAUCCUCGCGUGUGACGGGUUGCGUGCCGGUGAUACAGUCGAGUCGUAUGUGGCUGGUGUGCCACAAUCCCUGAUUACGAGUAUGGGUGGUGAUUUGGAUCCUGGUAUGUUGGCAGCACGUACCAUUCAACGUGGUAAUUGUCUACCACUCCACAUGAUACCUGUCGGAACACUCAUCCAUGCUAUUGGUACAGCAUGGCAGGAACGUGCUAAAUUCUGUCGUUCAGCAGGAACCUAUGCGCAAGUGAUUGCGAGCCCUAAGACAGGGUACGCCGUGGUGAAGUUACAAUCUGGUGAGUUACGCAGGAUUCCAGCAAAUGCGAGUGCGACGGUGGGUGUCGUGAGUAACGUCAAUCAUCAUCACAGGACACUUGGUAAAGCAGGUCGAUCGAGAUGGUUGGGAAUCAGACCCACUGUGCGCGGUGUUGCAAUGAAUGCGUAUGAACAUCCUCAUGGUGGUGGUCAUGGUGGUGGUAGGGGAAACAAGCCAACGCAGAGUAUCUGGGGAUGGAAGACAAAGGGCUACAAGACACGUCGCUCAGUACACAACCAAAACAAGUUCUUGGUCAAGGGUCGUCCGCGCGGCAAGGACAAGCAAGCCAGGUCAUAAGAUAGAAAUAAGAGGAAGCCUAAGUUGAAGGUAGAUAGAAUACAGCAAUGGCAUCGCUAAUGAAUCGCAGUACAAACAAAGAGC